GGUACCUUAUCAUUUUGGCAUCUAAAUUCUCAACGGCUCAACCGCUUCGUCAUCCAAGUGCUGCAAGUUAGAGACGGCUACUCAUUCACUAUCCGCUGUAUCUCUAUUUCCUUCUUUCCUUUUAACUAUCCAUAGACUCCUUAAUAUCCACUUCUUGUUUCUUCUUCCAAAAACCAACAGUCAAUGGCAAGCAGUACGUGUUCUUCCUCUUGGCUCAGCCCGCGCGCCCCCUUGUUCACAUUUGGCUCUGCCCGGCGGCAACCUUUCUUCCUCUGCUUCUUAUUAUCCUGUAAGCCCGCAACCAACGCAAUCUCCUGCUUCGCUACUGGCCCCACAACAUCCAUAUCUUCUGGCUCUUACAGCCGCCGGUGGUUCAAACCUGAAAUUAUCCGCCAUUGGGUCGAAGAUGAUCAACCACAAGCAUUACAAGAAAAUCGAUUUACGGUUGUGUCAUAUAAUAUAUUGGGGGAUAGAAACGCUUAUAAACACAGAGAUAUGUACCCAAACGUUGAUCCUCUUUACUUGAAAUGGGCGCAUCGCAAAAGGGUCAUCUGUAAAGAAUUAGCUGGAUGGAACCCUGAUAUUAUAUGUUUACAAGAGGUGGAUAGGUAUUUUGAUUUAUUGAAGAGUGUGGAGAAACUGGGAUAUGCCGGUUCUUACAAGCGACGAACGGGAGAUUAUAGCGAUGGUUGUGCUGUGUUCUGGAAAGCUGAUGAAUUUCGGUUGUUAGAAGCUGAGAGUAUCGAAUUUAAGGCACUUGGUCUUCGGGAUAAUGUUGCCCAACUUUCUGUAUUUGAGAUUUGCAAAGCUGAAUCAAAAAGAAUACUGGUUGGUAACAUCCAUGUGCUUUAUAAUCCACAUCGAGGAGAUGUUAAACUAGGUCAAAUUCGUUUUCUUUUGUCAAGGGCACAGAUCCUUGCAGAGAAAUGGGGUAAUAUCCCCAUUGUUCUUGCUGGUGAUUUCAAUAGCACUCCUCAGAGUGCAAUCUACAAGUUCUUGGCUUCAUCAGAGUUGGAUAUUAUGUUAUAUGACAAAAAAGAGCUGUCUGGGCAGAGGAAUUGUAAACCUGCACAAGUUUUUGGUGUCAAGAAAGAAAUGGGGAAUCCAUUCUCUUUGAUGGACAGAUAUUUGAAGAAUUGUUGGACCAAUGAAGAGAUUAAAGCUGCAACUGGCAACUCCAAGUGCCAAUUGCUUUUGCAUCCUUUGAAGCUUAGCAGCUCCUAUGCCACAGUUAAGGGCUCUACAAGAACAAGGGACUUACAUGGUGAACCUUUAGCUACUUCCUACCACUCAAAGUUUCUUGGUACUGUAGACUAUUUAUGGUACUCAGAUGGUGUAGUACCUAUACGAGUUCUGGAUACUCUUCCGUUUGAUAUUCUCAGGAGGACGGGUGGCCUUCCCUGCGAGAAACUGGGAAGUGAUCACUUGGCUCUAGUUUCUGAGUUUGCAUUUACACAAAUAGGUAAAGAAGGCACUAUCACAACUACAACAACAAUCUGAGCUGCAGCCACCUCACCACCGAGAGGUGAUAGUGAGUCGACAUAACGGAUGUAUGUUUGUCGGCAUAAACUUCCAAGAAUGGAGUUUUAGACAACACGGAAAUGAAAUUUGACAUACAGGCCACUUUCUCAAUGGAUUGCAUUUCUAAUUUGAUGCAUGUACAGCCACAGUGGGCAAGAAAUUUGUGCAAAUGUUAAUGCAUUCGCAGAAACAGUCAAGUGGUAACACACUUCAGAAUUGCUAGAGUGCAUAGACAAUGUAAUUUUUUCCUUGUUAAAGAAAGAUAGAAGUAUCUUUGCGGAAUAGUAUGAAAUAUGAUGGGAAAUGAUAAGUAGCUAUUUCUAA